GGGAGUCGAACUCGGAGUCUCACCCACAGAUCACAGGCUCCUGGAAAGCAGCUCACUGGUUUUGCUGGAAUUACCACUGAAGACCCAUUUCUUCCUCUGAUAUCGUCUGCUGCGUGGAGAUGCCUCACUCCAGGUGCACAGCAGGAAACUCUUUUGCACACGUUCUCCACUCUGGAGCUUCCUCUUGGCCUGGAUGCAACAUGCCGGACUUUGCAGUUUCCCAGUGAACAAAGCAGAUUCUCCUCCAGAGCAGAAGAGAUAAUCCUCCAAGAUGACCGCCCCUCCAGACUAUGUUGUGGAGGAGCCAGGAGCUGAGUUAGCCGGAGUGGACAUGUGCACGCUGGAGAUUAGCAUGAAGUAUGAAGUCAUCUCGUCCAUCGUCUGCUCGGUUUGCCUUUCAUUCGGCCUCAUCUACUGCUUCUUCGGAUACCGCUGCUUCAAGAUGGUCAUGUUCCUCUCUGGCUUCCUGUUCGGCACCACAUCCGUCCUCCUGCUGUACCACACAGAGCCAGUGUUGGACAUCAAGCUGGGCCCGGAGACCAAGGCGGGGUUAGGCCUGGGCGUGGGGGUGCUCUGCGGCCUGAUGACGAUGCUGCUGCCGGCCAUAGGACUCCUCUUCAGCGGCCUGCAGCUCGGGACCCUCCUCUCCCUCGUCGCCCUGGUGGUCGUCGGACAGUUCUGCAGCCUCAGUCCCGUGUGGGUGCCUCCCAGUACCAUACUGGUCCUCAGCAUCAUCACCGCCGUUUGCACACUCCUGUGGCAGAAACUAUUCAGCAUCGUCUUCACGUCUGUGUUUGGAGCCACCACUGUGAUGCUGUGUGUGGAUUACCUGGUGGGGUCCUUCAUGCUGCCUGAUCAGGUGUAUGACGUUCUCUGUCAAGUUGCCCCACCACCACUGUGCUGGUAUAAUGGGACCAUCAUGGGGAUCUGUCCUGUAUUCAGUCUGUUAGGUGUGUUAGUGCAGUGGAGGUUCACUGCGAAAGGACUGUCUCACACAGAAGGUGCACACAAAAGACAGAAGAAACAUGCCAAGAAGCUCAGGUACAGAGAGUGCAGGGGAAGACCUCGACCACACCGGCGGCGCAGGCCUCCCCCCCUGAAGCGUUACGCCGGAGACGUCCUGGCACCGAGUUAUCUCCAGAGCCUUCAGGAGCGGCAGCUGGAAACAGGCUCGUCCAACAGCAGCUUCAGCACCGUCACACACGCCCUCAUUGACUUUGACUUUGAGACGGGCUCCAUGGUGCCUCUCACUUCCUCCUCCCCUGUUUUCACCUUCUGAAACAAACAUCACUCGUUUGUUGUAAACUACUCACAUCGGAGGAAUUCAUUACAGCUGAAUCUCUGAACGGCUGAAAUUCAAGAGGAAAACAAUCACACCGUCUCGACUGCUGCCGGUAAAUCUCCCCGAACCGGCUUCCUCAGAUAAUCAUCAACAGGCACACGGAGGGAUUUGAGGAGCUGGGAGAUCACAAGGUUAAUUAAUACAACAUCCACAGACACCAGACUCAUCUGAUCACAACAUCCUCCCAGCAGUUUACGUUCUCUUUUCAUACUAUUGUAUUUUCUCUCUGGAAACUGAUGAUCGAUUGCAAACAUAGACCUAAGGUGUGAUUUUAUAGAUUAGUUUUUGUUACAGCAGUUUCAACGUUGUGUGGUUUCAAGCAAUAAAUCCAUAACAGCACAUUCGUUGAAACAAGUUUCUCUGGACAUCAGCUCAGGUGGAAUUUGGGUGGAGCUCAAAGUCUAUUACUAAUUUUACAGUAUUUAUUUUAUAUUGAAUUCAAGCCGAGUUGCUGCUACUCUACAAACCUAAUUAGCAUUUAGCAGGACUAAUUUAUCUGGUGUUCUUCUCAUUCUGGAUUCAACUUUCAGAAAUAAACUAAAGUUUUAAUUAGCUUUUGGGCGAUUUCCCUAACUGGUCCCAUAAUAUGAAACAUUUGUCAGUAGAUAACAACAUCUUAAUGAAUCACACAACGCAAAGUCUUAAUUUGUCUUUAUUCAUUUCAUGUGUGUUAAUAGAUACUUUUCACAAAUUCAUGUCUUGUUUCCACGGAAAAUCAAAACAUCACAUUAUGCAAAUAUUUCUUCAUGAAUUGUCCUUAAAUCAAUAACAAUUAUCAUAAUAACUCAUCCUUCACACAAGAGAUUAUCAGAGUGUGAGGAACAUCUCCAAAGUGUUUGUCAGCCUCAAAAUAAAGAAGUUGUUUUGA